AUGCAGCCUUUUAUAUCCGUACGCAUUGUCAACAUUGACCAUUAUUUGACCGAGCCAGGUCCGUACGAUUCUCAUUAUUGUCCUUUUAGUGAUUGGCCUUUGAAAAAGAUUCCUGUACUUAGAAUAUUUGGUUCUACUCCUGGUGGUCAGAAAACAUGUGUACAUAUUCAUCAAAUCUAUCCAUAUCUUUAUGUACCCUAUCCUCUGGACAAUGUCGAUCAACAACAACUUCAGCAAAAUAUUUAUCAGUUUGGUGUUUCUCUCAAUAAAGCUAUACGACUUAGUUAUGACCGACAUGGAAGUAAUGAUCAGCAUAUUGCAGCCAUCGUACUUGUCAAGGGAAUUCCUUUUUAUGGGUACCAUGUACAAUACAGCACAUUCCUCAAGAUCUAUUAUACAAACCCAGCAGAAAAACAACGUAUCACCGAAAUACUUCAAAAUGGCAUUGUAAUGAAUACUUUCUAUCAACCUUAUGAAGCACAUCUCUCAUUUGAAUUACAAUUUUUGAUGGAUUACAAUCUCUUUGGCAUGAAUUGGAUUCGACUUUUGACAUAUGAUGACAACAGGGAAACUAACGAUGAUAACAAUCCUGAUAUUGAAAAAGACGUUCUCAAACUUGGUACUAAGUUUAGGUGGGAUGAUGUAGAUCGAACAAGCUACUGUGAAUUGGAAAUUGAUACUACUGGUAUGAUGAUCAUUAAUCGCUUGGAUAUCACGGAACGAAACAUACAUGCAGAUCUGGAUGAAGAAAUCAAGUAUCAAGAAAAAACCAAAAAUGACGACUCUCUAGAUGAAAAAUUGGUGAAAUCUUUGGCUCUCAUUUGGAAAGAUGAACGACGACGACGGCAGGAACGUGGCAUUUCACCCAUAUUUUCUUCGUUGCCGCAACAAACGUCUGAUGAACGCGACUCUGUGCAUCGUGAAUGGUCAACUGAAAGCAAGCUACGAAAUAUAAUCAACACAAUGGUAGAUCAUCAAGGUGGAUCCAAUUACAACAAACCUGAGCAAGAUCAUCCUGAUAUCAUGACCGCUUUCCAAGCUGUAGAAGCUCUAUACUCACAGGGCUAUUCUCAAUUUAUUGCUACAAAACAACAACAACAACAAGAACGACCUCCUCCUCCAAGUACUGAACAUACCGACGCUAUGCCAUCAACGAUACCCAUAUCAUCAUCAUCACAACAGAAGCACUUUAUUAACCAUGAUGUAUUCACAGCUGAAGCAUAUCCUCAUACUGCUACUACAACAACGACUCCUAUCUAUCGCCACGUCUCGACAACAACAAUGACAAGGAGUGUUCCGGAGCAUCGAACAACAUCAGUUGCUGAUGGUAUCGAGGGAGAAACGUCGACAGCAAGUCAAAUAUCAUCAUCAUCAUCAUCAUCAAUCAGUUCUUCUAGUGAUGGACAUCAUCAGCCAAACUACUUUACCAAGAAAAUUACGGGUAUGUGGUCUCCUCGAUCUGGCGACGAAAUACGGGAUCGGCAACAAUCCACCUCUUUUUGGACAGAUCCUCCACAACCGAUUUCACCAACAGGAAGACAUGUGGACGUAAAAAACGACAACAACACUAUAGAAUUUUCUGGAGCAUCAAAACAAGAUGACAACAACAACUUGAUAGAGUUAAAUAAAUUGAAUUCCAAUGACGACAUCAUAGUUGAAUGUGAAUCAAGGGAUAAGAAUAACAUUAAAAGCUCUGAGACGUACGAUGAAAAGGCAUAUGACAACAAGUACGGGAAAUCAAGCGAUCAUGACAACAACAAGAACAACUGUGGCAGCAACGGCGAAAGAUACUUUACAUUUGCUUUACGGCCUCCGAUCAUUGACCCUAAGGAGAGCAAAAUGACAUAUCAGGAACCUUAUUACAGCAACAUUGCCGAUGUCCCACCUGUACCAAAAGUGUUUUCUGCGAAGGAAUUCAAGCUCAUAUCCAAAUCAAUCGAUCAUUUGAAACCUUUUGAUGCUCAUUCCUAUGGUGGAAGACCCUCCUUCAAUAAUUUGCGUCAACAGUCUACAUCAGUGAAAUUAUGGACUCCAGCCACCCCACCUCCUACAUAUGAACAGGUAUUAGCUUGGGCAAAGAAUCGACGCAUAGAGAAAACAGUAAAGACAUAUCAUACUCAGAUUGAUUGCGCGACAGGAAAUGAUACUUAUAACUUCAAAUACAGUGGAUCAAAGCCAAAAUCAAAGGUGACAAGAAUUCGGGAUUACCUUGAUCUAUUCAGUUUAGAAAUUCAUGUUAAUACGAAAGAAAAGAUGAUGCCCGAUCCUUCUCAAAAUGAAGUACAAGUGAUCUUUUGGUGUUUGAAAACUGAAGAUGAAAAUAUUUCCAAAAACAGUGGAUACGAUGACUCUUAUCAUGUUGGUAUUAUCUCUUUGGACAAUUUUGAUAUCACAAAGAUUGGUAUUUCUGGUAUCGAUAUCACUCUAGUAGCACAAGAACAAGAUCUACUUUGGGCUUUGGUAGAUAAAGUACGUCAUUAUGAUCCAGACAUUCUUGUUGGGUAUGAAUUACAUAAUUCUUCUUGGGGUUAUUUGAUUGAACGAGCACUUGUCUAUAAUAUCAAUCUCAUGGACGAAUUAGCCAGAGUAUAUUGUGAAUCUCAACGUAUAUUUCAAGAUCCUUGGGGAUAUCGAAAAGCAUCUGUGUUUCGAAUUACUGGACGCCACAUGUUGAAUGUAUGGAGAUUAAUGCGAUCUGAAAUAAAUUUGACAAGUUACCGAUUUGAAAACCUUGCUUACAAUGUACUUCAUCGCAGAGUACCGCAUUACUCAUAUGCUACAUUAACGAGUUGGUAUAAGAAGGGUCCUGCUGUCUUGAAGAAUCGAUUAUUUCACUAUUAUUUGGAUCGUGUGCAAAUGAAUCUGGAUCUUUUGGACAUUUCAGAAAUCAUUAACAAGAUAUCUGAAUCUGCUCGUGUGUUUGGUAUUGAUUUCUACUCUGUGAUCACUCGUGGUUCUCAAUUCAAGGUAGAAUCUAUCAUGCUUCGUAUUGCAAAACCUGAGAACUUUCUCAUGAUUAGUCCUAGUCGAAAACAGGUCGCUGGACAACGUGCGAUUGAAUGCUUACCUUUAGUGAUGGAACCAAUCUCCCAGUACUACAGUAGUCCAUUACUUGUAUUGGAUUUCCAAUCGUUAUAUCCUUCUAUCAUGAUCGCAUACAACUAUUGUUAUUCUACAUGUGUUGGCAAGAUUGGAAUCCCUGGUGAAUCAUCAAAUAAGCUUGGUGUUGGAGAAUUGAAUUUGCCAGACGGAUUAUUAGGCACGGUAAUGGAUCAUUUGAAUGUAUCUCCUAAUGGUGUUGCUUUUGUCAAGCCAUCUAUCAGAAAAAGUUUAUUGGCGAAGAUGUUGACUGAAUUGCUAGAAACAAGAGUGAUGGUUAAGACUGCCAUGAAGGAUUACAAAGAUGAUUCGGGACUCUCACGACUAUUGAAUGCUCGCCAAUUGACAUUGAAAUAUGUGGCCAAUGUCACUUAUGGAUAUACAUCAGCUUCUUUUUCUGGACGAAUGCCUUGUGUGGAAGUAGCCGAUAGUAUUGUACAAACAGGUCGUGAAACACUAGAAAGAGCAAUUAAAUUAAUUAAUGAAAAUCCAACUUGGGGCGCCAAAGUCGUUUAUGGUGAUACUGAUAGUGUGUUUGUCUCUCUUCCUGGAAAAACAAGAUCUGAAGCUUUUGAUAUUGGACGUGAUAUUGCCACUACAGUGACCAAGAUGAACCCAUCUCCGGUAAAAUUGAAAUUUGAAAAGGUGUAUCAUCCAAGUUUAUUAUUAGCUAAAAAAAGAUAUGUGGGAAACAAGUUUGAACAUCAAGAUGAAGUGGAUCCUGUGUUUGAAACUAAAGGAUUAGAAAUUGUUCGACGUGAUGGAACAGCUGCGACUCAAAAGAUCAUGGAAUAUUGUAUAAAGAUUUUAUUUCAAACACAAGAUAUGUCUAAAGUUAAGGAGUAUCUCUAUGAACAAUGGACCAAGAUUUUAUCUAACCGUGUAUCCAUCCAAGAUUUUAUCAUUGCCAAAGAAGUACGACUAGGGACUUACCGUAACUUACCUCAUGGAGCUCAAGUAGCACAUGCACAAAUGUCCAAAGAUCCUAGGUCGGAGCCUCAGUAUGGAGAACGAGUACCCUACGUAGUGGUGAAUCAAGGUCCAAAUGCUAGAUUGAAAGAUAGAGUUACCAAGCCAGAAACGUUAUUACACGAUAAAUCUCUCAGGUUGGAUGCUGACUAUUAUAUCCGGAAACAAAUCAUUGCUCCUUUGGAAAGAGUAUUCAAUUUAGUGGGUGUUGAUGUUAAGGCUUGGUAUGAUGAAAUGCCUCGAUCAAGAAAAGCAAUGGCACUUUCAAUGGCUCAACCUAGGGAAUGGAAUGAAAAAAGUAAUAAUCGUAUUGACCAAUAUUAUGCAAGUAGUCAUUGUAUUGUUUGUUCUCGACUUGCUCAUCAAGUGAUAUGCCCUGAUUGUUUGGAUCAACCUUCUCGUACAGUAUUCACCUUGAUAUCAAGACAACGACAAACACAGAAAAGAUUGGAAACCGCCUUAUUGAUUUGUCAGAAUUGUUCAGGUUUGAUCAAUGCAGAUCUUAUAAGUACGAAUGAUUCGAAUGAAUUGAAGAUUGGGAAUACUGGAUAUAUGGAUAUGCCCUGUGAUUCUUUGGAUUGUCCUGUUUUAUAUGAACGUAUCAAGGCUUGUCAUGAUGUUUAUGGAUCAUCUAGCUAUGAUUCUCUUAUUGAAGAUCUUAGACAAAGAGGAUAA